UGUAUUGUCAACAGUUGAGGUGCGAUACUGGUGAGGAGUAGCUUUGUGGUUAGGUAUGUUGGAAAUAAAUAUUAUUUGUUAAGGAACAGUGAUUUCCAGGUGAAACGAGACAUACGUUACUAUCGAAAACGGUAGGUUGUGGAACGUUCCGUUUAAUCUCAAUUUUUAGAAUUUAUCAUGGCAAGUGGAUCGUCGUCCGAAACACAGUCGGCAAUCGCUCAGAAGACAUGGGAAAUGUCGAAUAACAUAGAAACAAUUAGCUCAGUGGAUGAAAUAUACAGAUAUGAUCGUAAGCAACAACAAGACAUACUUGCUGCGAAACCAUGGGAGAAAGAUCCCCACUUUUUCAAAGACAUCAAGAUAUCUGCCCUUGCACUUUUAAAAAUGGUGAUGCAUGCAAGGUCAGGUGGAACACUUGAAGUUAUGGGACUGCUUUUGGGGAAAGUGGAUGCUAACACAAUGAUAGUGAUGGACUCAUUUGCACUUCCAGUUGAGGGCACGGAAACAAGAGUCAAUGCUCAAGCACAGGCUUAUGAGUACAUGACAGCUUACAUAGAAGCUGCAAAACAGGUUGGACGCAUGGAAAAUGCAAUAGGCUGGUACCAUAGUCACCCAGGAUAUGGAUGUUGGUUGUCUGGAAUUGAUGUAUCUACUCAGAUGCUGAACCAAAAUUUUCAAGAACCAUUUGUUGCUAUUGUUAUUGAUCCUGUUAGAACAAUUUCAGCUGGAAAAGUAUGCCUGGGGGCAUUUAGAACAUAUCCCAAGGGGUACAAACCAGCUAAUGAAGAACCAUCAGAAUACCAGACAAUUCCUCUGAAUAAAAUAGAGGACUUUGGUGUACACUGCAAGCAGUACUAUUCAUUAGAAGUGACAUAUUUUAAAUCAACUUUGGAUAGACGUCUUCUUGAUUCACUGUGGAACAAGUAUUGGGUCAACACCCUGAGCUCUUCGAGCCUCCUUACCAAUGCUGACUAUACUACUGGGCAGAUUUUUGAUUUAUCUGACAAACUUGAACAAUCAGAAGCUGCUCUGGGUCGUGGAGGAUUUAUGUUAUCAGGUGCUGAUCCACAUGAAAAGCGUACAGAGGACAAAUUAAUGAAAGCAACAAAGGACAGCUGCAAAACUACCAUUGAGAUAAUUCAUGGCUUGAUGGCACAGAUGAUAAAGGACCGCUUGUUCAAUCACAUAAAACCCAAAUGUGACAUUUAAAAUGACUUAAGUUUAUAUAAAUUUUUCUGUGAAUAGGUUCUCAAGGGCCCUUGUGACUGGAAAUGAUUGUACCUUGUGACUCAGAGAACUGAUUGAACUAGUUUAAUUUCAUGUUUGUAUGUGAUCUCAGACUUGCACAGUUAUAUGCUGAUUGUGCAUCCAGGAGAGUACAUAAUGUUACACAGUUUAAUUUUGCCAGAGAAAUGUUUUUGUGUUCCUUGUCUCAUUGAGGUUAAAACUUCAAGUACUAAUUACAGCUGAGCAGGUAACUUUGCAACAAGUUAGCCACUUUCAACAUCUAAACUCUUCCAAAUUAUGAUCAUGUUAUUCAGGCUUUUAAAAAUAAAAUAUUAUUUAUUCA